UAAGUUUAACAACUGAAACCCCUACAGCUUUAUUAAAUAAGGAAGUGAUACGCCAUAUGUGCUUUGUCUGCUAAGUGAAAAUAAUCGAUUUUAACAGCCGCGAACCUUUCCAUACAAAAUAAUAGAAAUAUAUUCCAAAAUCAAAACUUGAAUACUUAUUUCUAUUCGAAAAUAAGUCAAGAACAUACUUUUGCUGCAGUGCAUACAAAGUUUUUCAUUUCCGACCGUUAAGUGAAAAAUUGAAAAAUGUAGAGACUGCAUACUUCCAUCGUAGUUCAUGGCCGUUCAACAAUAGUUGUGAUGUGAAAGUGAAAAUGAAAUAGAAAUCGCUAUACCGAAAGCACCAUCGUCACUCUAUAAGUGCUGUCACAAUGUCCAAACCACCCACAGACACCACGGGUCUGGGCUACUCAUACCACUUGCCCUCGGGUGGUUUACUUUUACGACUCAAGAAUUCCCUCUCACAAUUUAGCGAUCUAUUCAGUGAGUUCAAUAGAUAUAUUGCACCGGCCUACCAUCAUGACCGAUGUGAACGUUCGGUGCAUAUGCGUCUUUAUUCGAUGCAAAAACGCGAAUUCGUCAUGGUCUUUCUGGGCUUUCUCAUCUGCUUCGGUUUGGCUAUUGUAAUUGGCCUCACCGGACCACCCAUUACAAGUACAUCGGAGAUCACCGCCAAAAGUAUACUGGCGAACACAUCGUUGGCUAAUAGUAAAACGGUAUUGGCGACAGGGCCGUUUGCGAUGAAAUCACCACUAAUGACCACGUACUCCCAGCAACUGUGGCUGAUUGCCAAAUUGGUGACGGACAACAAUGAUGACGAAAAAUACGAUAAGAGUUUCCAGGUGAGCGUGGCCAUAGAUGGUAUUACAGAACAACACAAGCCUUUGAGCAUACUCCGCGCCGAUUCGGUUCGCAAUCGUACUCGACACUUGUCAUGCGUGCGGAACGAUUGUGAAGAAUUUACGAUACUGCAUUUGGGUUUUCUUGAAUAUGCACAUUAUAUAAUCACUGUGCGCUUCUAUGGACUGGAGACCUUCCACCAGAAAUAUAAUAUACGCAGCAUAACAUUUUAUUUCAAAACUUAUAGUCCCGAGUUUACACAAAUCGAGAUAUGGUUCCGCUUUAUAUUUCUAUUAUUUACGUUCAUUGUAAUUUGCUGGUAUGCUCACACACUCCGCAAAUAUCCCAUCUACGAUUGGUCUAUCGAACAGAAAUGGAUGUCCAUACUCCUGCCGCUUCUCUUGUUGUAUGACAAUCCCUUCUUUCCAUCAAUUUUCCUAAUGAACUCGUGGUUCCCUGGCAUGUUGGAUGCAAUUCUCCAAGCCACAUUCCUGUGUUCGCUCCUCAUGUUUUGGCUUUGUAUAUAUCAUGGCUUGCGGCAGAAUGAAAGGCGUUUCAUACGAUUCUACUUGCCAAAAAUCAUUGUUAUACUACCAAUUUGGCUAUGCGCCAUAGUAUUGGCCACUUGGGAGAAAUGCAACGAGCUACGCGAUCCCACCUAUAGCCACUUUGUGGACACACGAAAUUAUAAUGGCUUCAAGUUGUUCUUUUUCAUAGCUGGCUGUAUGUAUAUACUGUAUUUGGCCUUAUUAGUAUUACGCGCCUAUACUGAGCUCAGGUCGAUGCCUUAUUUUGAUAUGCGCCUGAAAUUCUUAACGCUUUUGAUGUUAUUUGUUAUCUCCAUUACCAUAAUGGUAACAACAUGCCGCUUUGGCUUCGGUAUAUUGGAGGAUAAUUUUGUGGCCACACUCAAUACCACCUAUCACAGUUCGGCACAGUUCAUGUGCUUUUAUGGGCUGUUGAAUUUUUACCUAUACACUAUGGCUUAUGUGUAUUCCCCUAAUGGUCGCUUUUCACAAGAAAUCUCUGUAACUAAAGAUAAUCCUGCAUUUUCGAUGAUUAAUGAUUCGGAUGAGGAAGUUGUAUACGGCUCGGAAGAUGAGUCACGACGUCCUCUCACUGUGGGCAACAAAAAUGAUUAUGAUAGUGAUUAAAUAGUAAGAUAACUACAUAAAUUAUAUUUAUAGGUGGCAUAUUUUGGAACACAAUAAUUUUUCUGUGAAAUGCAAA